UCUUAACCAAGAAGAAUAGGAAAAGGUAAAUCGACUGACAAAUGUGGGGCAUUAUAUAAUCGUUCAACAUCGUAAAAGGAAUGCCGCUGGAAUCAGAAUUUAAGUGAAGGUGAAAGUUACGUAGUUGAAUUGCUGUUAUGUAAAACGAGAUUUUACUUUCGUUUAUCUUGUCGUGACUGUGGUCGGUGCAAGUAGUUAAAACGCUGUACUGAUUUAUAUUUUUGCAUUGCUACUAAAUUAUUUGGAUUUGGAUAGGAUUGGAGUUUAGCAGCCCGAAGACAACAUGUCUAAUUUGGAAAAGCAAGGUAUUCGAAAAAGAAGACCUCCCAUCCAACUUUAUGUGCCUCCAGCUCAGAGAAAACACGCUGGAUCGAAGUCUGAUUCCACUUCAGCCGAAAAAUUGAGAUCCGAUAUGAAAAUAGGACCCUCCAAUGUUUUAAAAGAUACUAAGUUAUCUGUGCAAAGCCAAAUGUUCGAGGUAGAUGACAUGCUCCAGCUUCUAGUAAACGGUAUUUUUCUUGAUUGGAAUUAUGCGGUAACUGAUAGGAGCUUACCAUUAUUUUACCCUGAGUGUAAGACAGUUAAAUAUCAAACCUUUAAGUAUUUCUUUCCGUUUGAUACAGUACAAAUAUUUUGCAAGAAACGUUUUAAAUAUACCCUGUAUAUGUUAAGUUUGAAAGAUUAUCAAAUUUUCAAAUGGUAUAAUACUCCCCAGAUAAUGGAGACAUCUGUUAAUAAUAAUAUUAACAUGUAUCAAAUAUUAAGACAAAGCAUAUUUAUAUUUAAUAAUGCUGACAUUGAAACUUGUAUGUUUGCGUCCAGCAGUUCAUUCACAAUAUUUAAUUUAUAUGAAUAUAGAACAUCUAAGUGUAAGUUGCUAGAAGAUAAUUUGUGUAUGUGCACAAAAGCAGAAAUUUCACAAGGGUCAGAUUUUUAUCCUGAUUUUUAUGUUGAACAAUAUUUGGCUCUACGUUUAGAUAAACAUAUUUGUGGUGUAAAUGUUUGGAAGCAUUUGGAUGAUAUUGAUAAUCACGGCUGGAAUGUUUUAAAAAUAAUUUUGGAAAAUCAAAUAAAAUCUAACUCGAAACCUGAGGCAAUCAACAAUAUGAAAAUUUCUAAAAGCACACAUCAAGAAAAUGCUAUAGAUGACAAUGCCCUUGAUAUAUUAGAAAGCUCGGCAGAAAGUGAGAUAAGCAGUGGAGCUAUAACAGAAAUAAAAAAAUAUGCCAAAAUAGAACAGGACCAAGAAGCCCAAAUUAUGAAAAAAACAAAACAAAAUAUUAAUAGAAAAACCAGGCAUAUUAUUAAAUAUAUUGAUAAUGAAAAUGACGUCUUAAUGAUUGAGAACAGUAAUGUAAGUCAUUGGGAAGACUUGUUUGACAAUGAACAUUUGCAGGUAAAUCUGUUCCCAAAAGAUAAUCACAAACAGACAUCGUCUACAAAAACUGAAAAGUUCGAGGAUGAUUUCUCCAACAGAUUAUCUAAAAGUAAUGAAGAAUUGGAACAUGUAGUUGAACUUUAUGGUUUUCCUUCUUCAUUUGCCACUCAUGAUAUAAUCUCUGCAUUUCAUGAAGUCCAUAAUGAUUCAAUGUAUGUUAAGUGGAUCAAUGACACUCAGGCUUUAUUAAUUUUGGGAUCUUCCAGUCAAGCUCAAAAGGCACUGAGUUUAUCCCACCCCCUGAUUAAGGUGAGAUCAAUGUCUGAAGCUAGUAAAUCAGCUAUAGAAAAAGCUAAUCAAUCUGAUAUAAAACCAGCUAUGAAACGACCUGAGACUAAUUUGAACACUGCUAGAAGACUGAUUACAUCUCAUCUAGGAGCAAAAAGUAGAAUUAGUAAGGAACAAACAGCAAAAGAGAAAGAAAGCCUAAGAAAAGCAAAAGAAACAAGGAGAAUGCUAAAACAAAAUGAAAAAGAUGCCUGGGAAGGUAAUCUUCGAUCAGCUCUCAAUUAAGUAUGCCUACAUUAACAUAAAGGAAUAAAAAAAAACACGGGGCCUUGACUACAUUAGAUAGACAUAUUAGUGUUACAAAUUUAUAAAGAGCCAUAUAUUAGACUAUGUAUAUUUUUCAAUAUAUUUACACAACCGGGUUUUAUGCUAAUUUAAGAAGACAUUUUCUAGUAUUGGUUAGUCUUAUAGCAAAUUCCUCUUGUGGAUUCCAGGAAAACUUGUGUACUAUUUGUUUUUUAUUUUUGUUUGUUUGUUCACUGUUUCUUAAUUGAGGUGACGAUCUGACCUAAUAUGGUUCGCCAAGAGGAAUUUUCACCCACUCUAUGUGAAAACUCUUUCGUAUUACAGUGGAAACUAUUAAUUUGUGAUAAUUAACUGUGAUUUAUUAAUGUGGAUAGUAUUUUUGUCCUAUUUCCUGUACUAUUAAUCAGGUUCGGAGACCUGUUGAGAGAUUUUCGAAAA